GUUAACAAAGAUGUCUUACGCCUCGCAACUCACUUCGGCUUCGCAAUACUGCAUGAGCAUGCGGCGAGAUGGCUUGUCAAAGGCUUGACUACCGAGAACGUGGUGGACCGGCUUGUAACGUGUGAGGAGUUUGGAUUGGGACUUCUCCGGGAGAAGAUUACAGAGAGGCUCGCCCUCAAGCCAGCCGAGCUGAUGUUGGUCUGCAGCAGCCCGGAGAUCACGAAGCACCCACGCAUCUUGCAGGACCUCCUGGUGAAAGUCGCAUCGCUGAAAGACAAGCCCAUCCCCAAGAAUGUCCCUGAGGUGGUGGAGGAGAAGGAGGAGGAGAAGCCUGCAAAGCCCGAGAAGGAGAAGGUCGAAAAGCCGGAGAAGCCUGACAAGAAGCAUGAGAAGGCUGAGAAGGCCGAAAAGCCAUCCAAGCAGGCUGAAAAGCAAACAGGGAAGAAACGCAAGGCUGGGGCCUAG